AGACUGAAAAGCUCUGAAUGUCCGCGAAAUUUAAGUUUUCAACUUGGUGGAUUAUUUAGGCGAAAGAAUAAAGCAGCGAAUAUUAUUAAGGAAGUGAUAACCGCGUGAUUCGUGUAUUAUGGCCGAUAAAUUGGGUCUGGAACCACAGCAAACAUGAGAGAAAUACAGAUAAUGCUUAAUAAUAUUGAAACAACAGAAGGAGACAGUGUUGAAGACCUGAAAUGUUUAGCUUUAGCCUUAGGUUCAGAUUCAAAAAUGAAAGAAUAUUUCUUUCAUUUAGAUGGUGGUGAACGAAUUGCAAAAUUUUUGAACAGCAGCGACUGGAAUACUUUGAACCAGGUUUUAAGAGUCCUUGGAAAUGCGGCCAAUUCUCAUGUUGGAAAUCAGGUUGUGCUAACAAAUAGAAAGAUCUUCAGAAGGAUUUACACAAUUCUCAGUAACAUACAACAUGAAAACUUUCAAACAUUGAUUUAUGCUGUGAACUUGAUUUCUUCCCUAAUAAAUGGAAAUGCAUAUGGUCAAACUUUAGCUCGAGAGACAGGUUGUCUUUCUUAUAUGAAUAAGAAAUUCCAUGAAGUGGCAACGGCAUUGUCAAACUGCUGCAAGGCAUGUCUUCAGGACCUGAGUGAUGGUGCAGCCACCUAUCAUUUGGUGAUUAACUAA